AUGAACUCCGCCUCCACCUCGCCCCCCUCCGUAUCCGCCUCUGCCCCGCAGCCGUCCCUCCUCGGCUCCGCGAGCCAGCGCAGCCCCCAGCAGCAGCAGCAGCACCUGCUCCCCCCGCCCCACACCUACCCGCACCCGUCCAUCGUCCCGCUCCUGCGCCCCGCCCCGGGCUCCCCCUCCAACGGCACCAGCAGCAAUAACGGCGGCGUCAACGGCAACGGCCGCCUCCCGCAGAUCCACUCGUGGCUCGACGCGCCGGAGGGCAGCGGCGGCGGCGGCGGCGGCGGCGGUGGUGGUGCGAACGGGAGCGCCUCACGGACACCGCCCGAGACACACGCGCACCACCCGUACGCUCACGCGCAUGCCGCGCGGAGACACACCCUCUCCUCGGGCACGCGCGAGCGCAGCCCGCCGUGA